GCAUCUACGCGAAAGAAAAAAACAAAACGAACAAUUUCGUCGUAGGAACUACUAAUUUUAAAGUCGAGGCAGUAAAGGACCAUGAGAGUUCCCGAAGUCAUCAGGAGAGCCUAAGGAUUAAAACUGCCAAGACAGGCCGUAUGGAAGAGAGCCUUGCUGGGAGAAGCCUCGCUUUAUUGAAGACGUCUGAGUUGGAGAAGAUGCAGCUACUUUUUCGAAAUGCCCACGCCAUCGGAAAAAAGGGCAGGCCUUUCACCGACUUCGCAUGGAUGUGUGAGGUGGACAGGAAGAAAGGCUUGAAGAUAGGAGAGACAUACACAAAUGACUACCAGGCAAAAGAGUUCAUACACUACAUAGCAGAAGAAGAGAGAAGAAAGAUGAGGGCAAGAUUAUCAGAUGGCAAGUUCAUCUCGGUCAUGUCAGAUGGAUCUCUGGACAGUGCAGUGAUGGAAGAAGAAAUGGUCUACGUCAGGAGUGCCAGUGAGGGGAAGGUCAAAGUUGAUUUUGUCGGGGUAAAAGCUGUCUCAAAGCCAGAUGCUACAAAUAUAGCUGAAGCAGUGUGCAGUAUAAUGGAAAGUGGAGUCAGCACUGAUUGGAAGAACAAGCUAGUGGCAAUCACCACAGAUGGAGCAUCUGUAAUGACAGGAGUAAACAAUGGUGUAGUUACAAAACUGCGAGCAGACAGACCAAAUGUGCUGGGGAUCCACUGCAUGGCCCAUAAGCUAGAGCUUGCCUUUUCAUGGAGUGAACAGGGCCAGCUUAAAGCAACACUUCAGGGAGCUCCACAUGAAGGCUUUGAUGCCAACCAGAGUAGGUGGAACCCGGUGGCUACCACAUCUCUUCAAAGCACUUGA